AUGGCAGAAAGCAACCUCCCAACAACGGGAGAAGAACUGGAGGUGAAAAAUGAGUCUCCGGCCACAGGUGAGAAAAAGCAACAAGGAAAGACUUCGUUGUGGUGAUUUUGUACUGUUUGUUAAUUAAGUAUAUCUUAAUUCUGGUGCACAAUUUUUUUGAUCAAUUCGAUUAGAUGGUUUUAAGGAAUCCACUAAAUACGCCAGUAUUAGAACGCUAGUUGUAAUUGCACAUAGUUGUGAUCACUAGCAAAGUUGAAAUAUCUUCUCGGUAAUUUCAGCGACAGAAGAAAGUCAAGUUACGUCAAGUGAUGCUGAACUGGAUGUAUAUAAUGACCCUUUAAGAGGUGAGAAAACCAUGUGAAAUAAGAUCGUUUAAAACACGCCCCAGUAAAUUUUUUGUCACAUUUACAUCAAAAUUUGCGUAUGUUCUGUGAAUAAGUUUUUGAAACAGCAAAGGAUUGUUUCUUCAAAUUCUGACUCUUUUACCAGUAAAAUGAAAAACCAAAGGAAAAAAACAAUUUACUGCUCGAUCCGAUCAGUUAAAAUGCAUAGACAUCAUUAAUUAUUCUAAGCAAUAAAGCGACAAAUUUGAAGGCGACUUAGCUUUGGAGAGCCCUAAGUUAAAGAAUGGGCCAAAAUUGGCCUACUAGGCUUCGUAAAACUCAGAAUUCUGAGUUUUAGAAGUGCUUGUUUGUAAAUCAACGCACAAUGUUUUGGAGAUUAACUAUUUAUCUAAAAUUUACGCUUAAAAUGAACGAUAUUUGCGCGGAAAAAGUAUUAUCCUUUUUGCACUUGAAAUUAUUCUUAAUUUUGUCAUUUUUUGUAUAAAAGUCAUUUUCGGUAAGAGGGAGCUGUUGGUACCCGUAGACCUGUCAAAGUCGAGUUUUGAAAAAUUUGCACACGGGUAACUUUUUGAGGCCGCCAAAAGGAAAGUAUUUGCGCUAACACCUUCCUGUCCUUUACUGUUCAACACAUGUUUGGCAGAAAUUUUACGCAAUUUGAGAAUUCUACAGAGAAGAGGAGGCAUUUUGUCUCGGCCGUAUGGCCUGUUUUAGUCUUCUAAAUAUUUCACGCCUCUUUAAACAGUUAUGUCAAUACCAGGCCCACGCUGUAAACCACCAGCCAACAAAAUGUAGAACCCCUGACUUUUAUAACAGGCAAAAUGGCACUUCGUGGGAAAGUGGUACUUUCCCAAUCAAAAAACAGCUAAAACAAAAAACAUGUUUUACGACGCUCUUUUCUGAAGGAUGGGCAAACCACGAACUCUUGUCACUCUCAGCACGAUGUUUCUUUUGUUAUCAGAACAUUACAUUUUUUCUCAGUAACUCAUGGGAUUUUAUAUUUUAGCUUGAUAUUUUGGAACGUGUAAAGCAGGUGUAAAAGGAACUUUGGAAACCCUCUCGACUUAAGUGUAAACCGAACAGACUUGAUCUGGUUAGAACCGAAGCUACAGCUAAAACUCCAAACAGCUUGCAUAUUUUAAAGCAAACAAAUUGCACAGACAAACUCUCCUGAAGGGCGAUUGUAAAAGAAAUUGAGUUGAAAUAGGAUCUCCUGGUGAAACUUGUGAUAUUUUGGAAAACGUAAGCCAGGUGUAAAAGGGGUUUGUGAAAGCCUUUCGACCUAAAUGUAAACCGAUAAACUUGAAAUGGUAAUAGCCAAGCUUCAGCCCAGACUCUCGACAGCUUGCACACAAACAAAAUGUACAGAUAUUAAACUAUUCUGAUCUUUUCUUUUUCGUAGCUCUACGCUCCUUUAACCUAAAAGUUCGUUUGGAAGUAUAAAGUUGUAGUAUGGAGUCGUAUCACUCAUUACUAUAUCAUUAACACCAAAACUGUGUGCUUUCAGGGAUAGCGAAAGUAUGUCUCGAGGAAGGUAACAAAGAAUACAGACAAGGAGAAGCUAAUAACGCGAUAAACUCCUACACGGAAGGACUUCAAGUGAACUGCAAAGAUGUACGGCUUAACGCUAAGCUUUAUAGCAACAGGGCAACAGCUCAUUUCCGUUUGGGUAAGAAUUUCACAUGUAAACAUAUAAAUCUGUCGUGCAGCGUUACAAGAUAACGGAAUACACAAUCUGUAAAAGUAGCGUAAAAACAUAAAUCGCCCUGUAGCGGAUGAAAAUUAAGCAAAGAAAUGAUCCUCGUUACAUUUUAAGCAAUUGUAAUUUUCAAGGCCUCUUUGUUGCAAUUGAGUGUGAUUACCACUUUUUUAAACCUUCUUUUCGGAAUCUCAUAGCAAACUAUGUGGAAUGUCUCGAUGAUGCAACAGUAGCUGUUCAGUUGGAACCCACUUUAAUCAAGGCUAUUAAGAAAGGUGGGUUUUUCAGACAUAAGCCAUCAACAUUCUAUUCUUUGAUUUCUUCAAAAGAGGAUUGUGUGGUUUGUGGCAGGUAACUGCACUCCAAGUGUCAAUUGUAUCUGGUGUGUCAACGUCUGUGAUGUGGGUAAAAAGCAUAAGAAAAUAAUAAACUCUCAAAUACCGCUGCCUGGUUAGUUCACGUUGUAGAGUGCCAAGGGUCGAGGGUUCAAGCCCUAGACUGGACCAUCAACCUGAGUCUUAAAACAUCUGAGGACAAUGUGCUGCCGCCUAAGCUGUGACAUCUGCAAAUGGUUUGAUAUUCUUGUCCCGGAUAUGGGUGGAAACCCGUAAGCCCCGUUUCCUGCAUCUUCUCAGUCACUCCUGGCAGGGGACGAACCCGGGCACCUGAGGAGGCACCUGAAAAAUUCCCUUUCAAAAGUUAACUGUUCAAUGCAGUCUACCCGAAAACUUCCCGAAAAGUGCUAAAAAGCGCUAAAGUGCAUAUUGAAGUAAAGAAUGCGCGAGAUAAAUUCAUCGUUAUCAUCAUCAAUUGAAGCUUAAUUGGUAGCCGCUUUGCAUUAGCUCCUUAUUGUUCAUUUUCAGUUCUUCUACAAGUUCAAAUUUCCUUCAUUAUCACAAUUUUUGUUCCCAGCUAACUGGGAAAUUAAGUCCAUUUUAUCAAUACGUUUAUACCUUAACAGUGAUAAAUUAACUCGCACCACCAAUUAUUCUCUCCUUUUCAGGAGCCAGAGCUUGUGUCGAACUUUGCUGGUAUAAAGAAGCAAGGAGCUGGUCGCAUAUGGGAUUGGCAGUAUCCUUUAACGAAUGUUUCAAACGUGAUACGAGAUGCAAUGCGAAUAAUAUUUCAAGAAAAAUCAAUACGUUCCUGGCAGAUUCUUCUACACAUAAUGCAAGCGAUGUUCUCUUAUACUGCACUGAGCAGUUGAAAGAGGCUGAAAUAUUAUUAACGAGUUCUUUCGAUUAUUCCACGAAACUUUACUUAAAAGAAGAGGCCAUAUUAACAAAUUCCCAGAGUUUCUGCUGAAUGCCCCUCAUUUUUGUCUUGAGACGAGCAUCACCAUGACGACCGAACUUAAACUGAUAAAUGCGCUACAGAGCUAGCUAACACUCUCGAAUAACUUGAAAUCAAAUCUCUUCAAGAAAUCCACGCUCGAAUUUUCAUUCCAAUUUUAAAGUUUAUCCAAUACUCUCAUUAUUAUUAAAACAAACAUUUCCAUUGCAUUUUCGCAAAUCCACCCAUGAUUUAGCUAUCCUUGACACGUUUUAAGAUUGAAAACAAUAACGAACGUCUGCUUCAAUUAAUAAAGAAAUCGAAUGCUGUACUAAAAGUCAAAGCAAACACUUAUGCCAGUCUCGGAUGUACUUACCAUAAUGUUGGGCAGUUCAACACAGCCAUCAAGUACCAUCAACAUUGUCAAGAAAUUGCUAAAGAAGUGGGAGACAAGGCCGGAGAGGGAAGAAGUUAUGGCCAUCUCGGCAACGCUUAUCACAGUCUAGGAGAGUUCAAAACAGCCAUCAAGUACCAUCAACGUCAUCUAGAAAUUGCUAAAGAAGUGGGAGACAAGGCCGGAGAGGGAAGAAGUUAUGGCAAUCUCGGCAACGCUUAUCACAGUCUAGGAGAGUUCAAAACAGCCAUCAAGUACCAUCAACAUCAUCUAGAAAUUGCUAAAGAAGUGGGAGACAAGGCCGGAGAGGGAGGAGGUUAUGGCAAUCUCGGCAACGCUUAUCACAGUCUAGGGGAGGUCAAAACAGCCAUCAAGUACCAUCAACGUCAUCUUGAAAUUGCUAAAGAAGUGGGAGACAAGGCCGGAGAGGGAGGAUGUUAUGCCUAUCUCGGCAUUGCUUAUCACAGUCUAGGAGAGUUCAAAACAGCCAUCAAGUACCAUCAACGUCAUCUAGAAAUUGCUAAAGAAGUGGGAGACAAGGCCGGAGAGGGAGCAAGUUAUGGCAAUCUCGGCAACGCUUAUCACAGUCUAGGAGAGUUCAAAACAGCCAUCAAGUACCAUCAACGUCGUCAAGAAAUUGCUAAAGAAGUGGGAGACAAGGCCGGAGAGGGAAGAAGUUAUGGCAAUCUCGGCAACGCUUAUCGACGUCUAGGAGAGUUCAAAACAGCCAUCAAGUACCAUCAACGUCAUCUAGAAAUUGCUAAAGAAGUGGGAGACAAGGCCGAAGAGGGAGGAAGUUAUGGCAAUCUCGGCAACGCUUAUCACAGUCUAGGAGAGUUCAAAACAGCCAUCAAGUACCAUCAACGUGAUCUAGAAAUUGCUAAAGAAGUGGGAGACAAGGCCGGAGAGGGAAUCAGUUAUGGCAAUCUCGGCAACGCUUAUCACAGUCUAGGGGAGGUCAAAACAGCCAUCAAGUACCAUCAACGUCAUCUUGAAAUUGCUAAAGAAGUGGGAGACAAGGCCGGAGAGGGAAGAGGUUAUGCCAAUCUCGGCAGUGCUUUUCACAGUCUAGGAGAGUUCAAAACAGCCAUCAAGUACCAUCAACGUCAUCUAGAAAUUGCUAAAGAAGUGGGAGACAAGGCCGGAGAGGGAGGAAGGUUAUGGCAAUCUCGGCAACGCUUAUCACAGUCUAGGAGAGUUCAAAACAGCCAUCAAGUACCAUCAACGUCAUCUAGAAAUUGCUAAAGAAGUGGGAGACAAGGCCGGCGAGGGAAGAAGUUAUGGCAAUCUCGGCAACGCUUAUCGAUGUCUAGGAGAGUUCAAAACAGCCAUCAAGUACCAUCAACGUCAUCUAGAAAUUGCUAAAGAAGUGGGAGACAAGGCCGGAGAGGGAGGAAGUAAUGGCAAUCUCGGCAACACUUAUCACAGUCUAGGAGAGUUCAAAACAGCCAUCAAGUACCAUCAACGUCAUCUAGAAAUUGCUAAAGAAGUGGGAGACAAGGCCGGAGAGGGAAGAAGUUAUGGCGAUCUCGGCAACGCUUAUCGAUGUCUAGGAGAGUUCAAAACAGCCAUCAAGUACCAUCAACGUCAUCUAGAAAUUGCUAAAGAAGUGGGAGACAAGGCCGGAGAGGGAAGAUGUUAUGGCAAUCUCGGCAACGCUUAUCACAGUCUAGGAGAGUUCAAAACAGCCAUCAAGUACCAUCAACGUCGUCUAGACAUUGCUAAAGAAGUAGGAAACAAGGCCGGAGAGGGAGGAAGUUAUGGUGAUCUCGGCAACACUUAUCGAUGUCUAGGAGAGUUCAAAACAGCCAUCAAGUACCAUCAACGUCAUCUAGAAAUUUCUAAAGAAGUGGGAGACAAGGCCGGAGAGGGAAGAAGUUAUGGCAGUCUCGGCAGCGCUUAUGACAGUCUAGGAGAGUUCAAAACAGCCAUUAAGUACCAUCAACGUCAUCUAGAAAUUACUAAAGAAGUGGGAGACAAGGCCGGAGAGGGAGGAAGUUAUGGCAAUCUCGGCAACGCUUAUCAAGGUCAAGGAGAGUUCAAAACAGCCAUCAAGUACCAUCAACGUCAUCUAGAAAUUGCUAAAGAAGUGGGAGACAAGGCCGGAGAGGGAGCAAGUUAUGGCAGUCUUGGCAACGCUUAUCGACGUCUGGGAGAGUUCAAAACAGCCAUCAAGUACCAUCAACGUCAUCUAGAAAUUGCUAAAGAAGUGGGAGACAAGGCCGGAGAGGGAGGAUGUUAUGGCAGUCUUGGCAACGCUUAUCGACGUCUGGGAGAGUUCAAAACAGCCAUCAAGUACCAUCAACGUCAUCUAGAAAUUGCUAAAGAAGUGGGAGACAAGGCCGGAGAGGGAGGAAGUUAUGGCAGUCUCGGCAACGCUCAUCAAGGUCUAGGAGAGUUUAAAACAGCCAUCAAGUACCAUCAACGUCAUCUAGAAAUUGCUAAAGAAGUGGGAGACAAGGUCGGAGAGGGAGGAAGCUAUGGCAAUCUUGGGAACGCUUAUCGAUGUCUAGGAGAGUUCAAAACAGCCAUCAAGUACCAUCAACGUCAUCUAGAAAUUGCUAAAGAAGUGGGAGACAAGGCCGAAGAGGGAGGAAGUUAUGGCAAUCUCGGCAACGCUUAUCACAGUCUAGGAGAGUUCAAAACAGCCAUCGAGUACCAUCAACGUCAUCUAGAAAUUGCUAAAGAAGUAGGAGACAAGGCCGGAGAGGGAGCAGGUUAUGGCAAUCUCGGCAACGCUUAUCACAGUCUAGGAGAGUUCAAAACAGCCAUCAAGUACCAUCAACGUCAUCUAGAAAUUUCUAUAGAAGUGGGAGACAAGGCCGGAGAGGGAGCAAGUUAUGGCAAUCUCGGCAACGCUUAUCGCAGUCUACGAAAGUUUAAAACAGCCAUCGAGUGCCAUCAACGUCAUCUAGAAAUUGCUAAAGAAGUAGGAGAUAAGGCCGGAGAGGGAGCAGGUUAUGGCAACCUCGGCAACGCUUACCAAGAUCUACGACAGUUCAAAACAGCAAUGGAGUACCAUCAACGUCAUCUAGAAAUUGCUAAAGAAGUGAUGGACAAGGCCGGAGAGGGAGCAAGUUAUUGCAAUCUCGGCAACGAUCAUGCCAGUCUAGGAAAGUUUAAAACAGCCAUCGAGUACCAUCACCGUUGUCUUGAAAUUGCUAAAGAAGUGGGAAAUAAGACCGGAGAAGCGCGCUCACUCUAUUCCCUUGGAAACAGUUUUGAGUGCCAAGGAAAUCUUAUGGUGGCCUUUGACUGUUAUUACUCGAGUGUAGAAUUGUAUGAUGAUAUCAGGGCCAGUCUUCAACUCAACGAUCAGUGGAAGAUUUCUUAUCGUAAUAAGUACCAAGGUGCAUACAAAGGUUUGUGGCGUAUAAAUCUCAAUCGAGGUCAAGCUGUAAAGGCUCUUCUUGCCGCAGAGAAAGGAAGUGCUCAAGCUCUGAGAGAUCUCAUGGAAACAAAAUAUUCGCCUGGAGCUUCUUUAACGCACAGCGCACCCCGCAUUUCUCUGAGAUGUGUUAAAUUGAGCACAGUUUUCAUAGCUAUCAAUGGGCCAUGCGUUUACUUCUGGGUUUGCCUUAGUGAAGAUAACAUCCAGAUGAGACAGGUACACGUCAACGACUAUAAGUUUGAGCAUGAAUUGAAAUGUUUCAUCCAGCUACUGAACAAAUCUGCUCUUAAGGAGAUCGGUGCAAGAGGUAGUGUUGCAAUCGAAAAUCCUCUGCUUGAUUCGCCGACAGAAGAAGAAAUGGCCAAUGGUGUGAUCCGAGUUGAUGUGAGGCACUCCCAAUCAAGUGCUUUAAAUAAGCUGCAUGACAUCAUCGUUUCUCCUAUUGCUGACCUGAUCAAAGGCAACGACGAGAUCACGUUCGUUCCUGAGGGGCCAUUUUGCCUUGUACCUUAUGCAGCAUUGCAGGAGUCGAACUCAUCAUAUUUAAGUGAUUCUUUCAGAAUUCGUGUGCUUCCCUCUCUGACGACGUUGCAACUAAUUCAUGAUUGUCCAGCUGACUUUCACGUGAAGACUGGUGCAUUGCUUGUCGGUGACCCAUGUUUCAAACAUAUCAUCUAUCAGGGAGGACUUUUAGUGCAACUUCCAGGAGCAAGGAAAGAAGUGGAGAUGAUCGGCCGUGUCCUUAAUGUUUGCCCCCUCACUGGAGAAAUUGCAACAAAACAUGAAGUGUUAAAACGAAUAUCAUCAGUGGCCUUAGUUCACAUAGCAGCGCACGGUAAAAUGGAAACUGGAGAAGUUAUCCUGGCACCAAACACCACAAGACAAAACCCUCAUCCGCAAGAGAAAGACUAUCUACUGACGAUGAAAGAUGUCAUAGAAGCUGGGUUGCGAGCACGUCUGGUUGUACUUAGCUGCUGUCACACUGCUCGUGGGGAGGUCAUGGCUGAGGGUGUGGUCGGCAUGGCGCGUGCACUUUUGGGUGCCGGUGCUAGAUCUGUUGUGGUAACCUUGUGGGCGAUUGGCGACGAGGGGACCCUGGAGUUCAUGACUUUCUUCUACGAUGCACUUGCCAAAGGCAAGAAGGCAAGUGAAGCUCUCAAUCAGGCCAUGAAGUGUAUGAGAGAAAUUGAAAAGUUCAAGGAGGUGAUUUACUGGGCACCAUUUGUACUCAUUGGUGAUGACGUCAAACUAGAUUUCAAGGAUAUUGGAAGCCGAAACAAGUAA